AUGCCUCGAACGGGUUCCCUCCAUAAUGGCAUUAUUGAACUAUUCAGACCUAGCGAACAGCCUAUAGAUAUUGAUAUCGUCGCUGUUCAUGGUCUGCAAGGUGACGCUCGGCGAACAUGGACUCAUGAAGCUUCAAAAGUGUGCUGGCUUAGCGACCUUCUUCCCAACUACAUCAAGAAUGCCCGGGUCCUGUCGUGGGGGUAUAACGCCAACACAAAUUCUUUGGGCGGUAAGGCAACAAGCUCGGACCGGAUCCUACAGCAUGCUGGGACGCUUAUCGAGGAGCUUCAGAAUGACAGAGAGGUAAGUAGUGAUGUACACUGUAAGGAACAUUCGUUGCUGGAUUUUAUGUUUCAAACCGUGCUGCCAUGGCUGCCUUGGACUAGGAUGGAGUGUGCCUCCAAGUUACAAUUCGAGGAUGCCACCGAGAGACCCAUCAUUUUCGUAUGUCAUUCUCUAGGAGGUAUCAUAGUCAAAAGAGCCCUCACUUUAUCCCAAGGUCGCACGUCAGCGAAGAGCGCUCGACUUCACAUGAUUUAUACUUGCACUUACGGCAUUUUGUUUUUUGGCACUCCCCACAAUGGCUCCAGCAAAGCACGCCAGCUCGACACCAUCCACAAGCUAGCGUCCUUCAUUGUUCCCAAAAGGGUCGCUCGCUUCGAAACAAGUCUAGUUACUGGAAUCGAGGAUGACUCCGAAACAAUUCAAAACAUCGCCGAGGACUUUUCCCCAUUGAUGUCACGGUAUCACAUACUGUUUCUGUGGGAGCAGUUGCGCACCGAUAUGAAAUAUACGAUGGACUAUAUCGUGGAUCGCGAGAGUGCCGCACCAAUAUUGGAUGGAACGGAUAGAUGUGGUAUCGCCGCAGAUCACCGGGGCAUUUGCAAAUUUGAGAGUGUCGACUCUCCGGGCUUCAAGGUUGUUAUUGUCGCUCUCAAGCGCUACUGCAUAGCUGCACCAGCAUGGAUCAAGGAAAGGCUCAUGGAGAGUGCGAACUCUCUGAGCGAGAAAAGAAGAUACGAAGCCAUGGAGCUUGUUGGGGAGUCACCAGUAUCUCCCGUAUCUCCCGUCUCGAACGUUUCUUCUUUUUCGGACGUAUCUUCGUUGUCGGAUACAAUAAAUCGGCUGAGAAUGAAAAGAGACGCCAGGGGGUCGUCUUAG